GGCGUCCACCUAAAGGUGUAAAUACGCCAGUGUAUCCUUGAUAUUAUAUUUAUGUUUACAUCCUGUAGUCGAUUCUAUAUUGAUUUUUGCACACAUUUCGCGUGUUUCUCUUAUGGCGUCUCUCUCGUAGCGUAACGGUAAGAAUGCUUCCUACCGUUACGCUAUUCUCAUAAAUACCACAAUCGUAACGUUUCUCUAUAAAUGUGUAACGCGUUAUGUAUAAUAGGCCUAUAUACGCGGCACAUACGAGCGUAUGCGAGUGUAUAUGUUACGUAUGUGCAUUAAACUUUUAUACAGAAAUUAUAUCUUACCAUCGAUUCCGUCUUGAUUUUUGCAAAUAUUUCGUACGUCUUUUGCAUAAAAGUAUACAAAUGUUACGUUGGGAACACGUUUCUUAUGUUAUAUUAUUCUCGUAUGCGAAAGAAUCGUUUAAUGCUCCGCGUGACGCGUAACGUGGAAAUAUGUAGAGCGUAUACGCGCUGUGUACUUGAAAAGUAUACGUGUUACGCAUAUAUACUGUAAUUACAGUGUAUAUGCUCAGAAUGAUGAUACUACUAUGAUGCGUGUGCUGACGUGUAUUAUAUGCAACGCGUACGAACGUACGUAGAAGAUAAAUACUAGUAUUUGCGCUGCAAUUACUCGUAUGGAUUACUAUUCAGACGAUGCGUAACGCGCUAAUGUGUACACAGAGACGAGCGUUUAUAGCGCGUAGCUGCUGCAGUUAAAUGAAACUCUGAAAAUAUGCAAAUACUUUGGUACAGAAUUUGAUUCGGUGACGUUUAAUGGAGGCAAAUUCGAUACGGCAUCGAAUAAAAAAUGUACGAAUUACAGCGUGUUGCCGGGCUUAAACUAUCGAUAAAAAUAAACCCGCUAAUCCGUUUCGUCACGUCGACGUCGUGACGAUUUCGACGGGUGGCGUCACACAAAUUCUCUUUUUACGUCACUUUAAUGGAGCCGUUAACACGAAUUGCGUAUGUCAAGCUUUAAAAUAUACAAAUAACAAUCGAUGCGAAAUCGAACGAAUUCGUUCGAAUGAAUCCGCAAAUAAAUUUUCCCCAGGACUUUAACAGAAAGAGAGAGAAAAAAGAAGAAAACGGCAUCCCGUCACAAAAACUACGUAACCGUGACGAAUCCACCGGCAAAGAGAGCGAUUGGUGGGUUCGAUCACGUGAGUAGCGGUAACGUUUAUUUGAAGUGGGAAAGCUGCAUCAGUUGGGGAGAAGGUGAACGAGAUGAGGGGAGUGCUUAUCGCUCUGUUAAUUUCCCACUUGUUGUUCCUGACCAGAGAAGUGGAGGAGAAGGGAAAAGAUAUUGUUCACACACAAAGAUCGGUGUUCGAUCCUCGAUGGACAUGGCAAUCGUUCUUAAGACACGCAGAGAGAUCGGAUCAGAGAAGAAGAAAGAUGAGGAGACGAUUUAAGUCUACCAGGAAACCUAUGCAAGGGCCGCAAGGACCACCGGGACCACCGGGACCGAGAGGGCCACCUGGCGCAAACAUCACCAAAGACGAACUGAUGCAAGAAUUCAAGGAAUUAGUGAGAGAAAUAGCCGAGAGGAAAGUGUAUCAAACUUUCGAUCCCAAGGGUAACGUGACGGGCCCCUAUCUACCGCCCCUCUUCGACAUCGAUCAGGCAGCUAUUGUUCCUCGCAUCACUUCCGCUUUCCUAUGGAGAUUGACUCAAGAUACGAUGAUACCAAAGAGAUCGUUUGUCGAAUUGAAGAACUUUCAUCGACCCUUUGCAGUCGGUGGUUUCGAACGGGGAGAAGGAAGCAAUGCCAAGCAUGGCAGAUUUACUGCGCCCAUUAAUGGAUUAUACGGCUUUACCGUUAACCUUCACGUCCAGCACAAAGUGAUCGCGGACAGUAGUAAAUUAAUUCAUCCUCAAGACGGUAUAACCGCGCUGGUCUGCAUAGAAUCGCUCUGUCAGAAGAACGUGGCUCUGGAGUCGUCGGCGAGUCUGGACUGCGGAAGGCAUCAGUUCUCCAUCCUCGUGACCGGAGUUUUGUUCCUGGAGGAGGGACAAUAUGUCUCCAUCUAUGUCGAUAACAACUCGCAGUUUAUGUUGAAGGUACUAGCUAAUUCGCAAGUUAGUGGAUUGUUAGUGGGAGUUUAAAUUUAUAUAUAUACACACACACAUCUGUGCGUAAUGUAAUUUAAUUCCUAAUUUAAUAUGUACAUAAUUGUGUUCAAAUUGGCAUAUGUGAUGUUGAGUAUGUAACUGUCGUGUGUGUAUCGGUAAACAACUAUCAAGAUAAUGAUUCUUUGUCAACUGGAAACUAAUUGUAUGGAUAUCAAGUCUCAAGCCACAGUUUAAGUAUCUGAAUGGCAAACAAAAACAAUUGGCACUAUUUAAAUUCGUGAAUUUUUGAUAUGUGGUACUGAAAGCAUUUUCAUCUGUGAUACAGACUUGUGCCUCAUUCCUUCUUUACUGAAUUAUUGGUCUAAAAGAAACUUAUGAUAUCAAAUUAACUGUAUGAGUGCACACACUGGAUUUAGACUUGUUGUGAUCCUAAGCUAUAAUAUAUAAGAGGUCUUUCUUCUUUCUACUAAAGGUUUUUCACUUUUAAAUUUAUUAAACUGUAGUCUUGCAGUAUGAAAUCCCAAGCUGUAUCUUGUUUAGCUUAGUGUAAAUCCAGUCUGAAAUGCACAGGUUGUAGGAUACAAUAUCUGAAGACUAUGUCACAGAUAAAAAUGCUUAUCAAACUGUAAAUUUUAGUAGUAGUUGUUAUUUGUAUUUCCUAAAUGAACUGUGGAUGUAAACUAUAAAAAUAUUCCUCUUUGUAUGGAAAUUGUAAUGGUUAAAUUUAUCUAAACUUUGAAA